GUCAGCGCACUCGAUGUCCCUGUCCUCCUGGAAUUCUUUUCAGAGAGCUAUAGCAUGUUUAAGUCUCCUCUACCCCGCCGUCCCGCCGUCGAAAACGUCGCUCGUGUUCCAUCGUCAGCGUGCUGACACGACGAUUGCCGACGUAGCUUAACAGCGUGUUACCUUCGGAGUGUAAUACCCAGCUAACCAUUCUAGUCAUAAGACGGGAAGCAGCCGCAGAUGUUAGGUCACCAAGAGCCGUCCUGUAUAAGAGGGCAACAUCGUACAGUCUCAGGCUUGCCCAACUUGACUCCUACAGCAUGUUUGCUGCGGCUUCCGCGGUGCUUUUGGGCGCGUGCGCUUUAGCCGUCGGUGCUGCUGAUGCUACUGCUACGAAGCGCGGAUCUGAGGUUGAAUGGUCUUCGUGCAGCGACCUCAACCCUCUAUACAGCUUUGCCGACGCGACCAACAUCACUUGCGGGUUCUACGAGGUGCCUCUCGACUAUGCAGACGAAUCGGCGGGCACUGCGAAGCUCGCACUCGCGAAGGAUCCCGCCCCGGAAGAGCGCUGGGGAACGAUGUUCGUCAAUCCAGGCGGACCAGGCAUCUCCGGCGUCGGCUUCCUCCUCAUGAACGGCACCCAACUCCGCGCCGCCGUAGGCAACCACUACGACAUCGUCGCCUGGGACCCGCGCGGCUCGCAAGGCAACACCGUCCCAGGCGCGAUCUCCUGCUUCUCCAGCGCGGACGAGUACAACGAGUUCUUCAACGGCACGCUCGAGGCCACGGGGAUCGAGAUCCACGGGAACUUGACCGACGACGAUCAGGUCGAGCAGUUCUACUCUCACAUCGAUGAGAUGGACGCGAAGUACCGGGAGCUUGCGGAGCGCUGUGUCAAAGCCGAUGCGGAUGGCAAGAUACUGCGAUAUGUGGGGACUGUCGCUACGGCGCGCGAUAUUGCGACGCUUGCGGAUUAUCUCGACCCGGGGGUGCAAGAGGUCAAUUACUGGGGUAUCUCGUAUGGGACGACGAUUGGCUUCGUCUUCAUUAAUCUGUUCCCCGAGCGCGUCGGGCAUGUUGUCCUCGACGGUUGUAUGAAUCCCGAAAUCUACUGGACCGAGCCAUCUAUUCAUUACUACCCGAACAACAUGCUCAACACCGACGAGACCUUCACUGGCUUCGCCGACGCCUGCGCGCAAGCCGGCAAGGGCAGCUGCCCCCUCGCUCAAAACGAUACCAGUACCGGCGCGGACGUCGUGCAAUACGUCCGGGACCUUUUCGAUCGCGCUCACAACCUGCUUGAGUCCGGCGCCGACAUGUCCCAGACCCUCACCUCCUCCGAGGCCCGCGAAUGGCUCUGGAGCACCCUCUAUUUGCCACCGCAAUGGUCCUCCGUCGCCGAUACGCUCUCCGCUUGGGCGCAGUCCCUCGACUCCCUCUCAUCUAACUCCACGGUCCCCUCAGACGUCGCCGCCAAGCUCGUGCCCCUCAAGUACAACAUCACCGCGCCGCCCGUCUUCGGGACGGAGUCGAUAUACUGCGGUGAUGCCAUCGACGCAGGGAACCAGACCAUGCGCGACAGCUUCGAGGGCAUCGCGAACGCCUCGCGAGACGUGUCUCCCAUAUUCGGCCCCCGGUGGCACGUUAUUCCUGCAAAGCUCUGCUAUGCGUGGCCUGCGAGGGCCGUGGAGCGUUUUACGGGCCCUUGGGAUAGCAAGCCGAAGAAUACGGUGCUGAUUAUCGGGAAUAAGGUCGACCCGAUCACCCCUUACAGCAACUCGCAGCGCGUGGCCAGCAUACUUGGUGACAAAGCCGUCCUCGUCACGCAGAACGGCUUCGGCCAUACGUCGUUGGCGGAGAAGUCGACCUGCACGAUCAACGCUAUCAAGCAGUAUUUUGCUGACGGCUCGCUGCCUACCGGCGAUGACACACAGUGCGAGAUCGAUGAUGAUGUGGUCAUCUUCCCGAAGUCCGAUGGCACCCAAGUCAGUGCCCAGCCGACCGUAGGAACUGACAAGCGCUGUAUUGAAGACGACCUCUAGAUGAUGAACGCGGACACUCACACGUACACCACUUAUAAGUUAUCGUAGUCCCGGCCUAAGAUCAUAGCUCGUUCCCCCUUAGGCUUGCUUUGCUCCGGCGGCGAUAGAGUCAUCAAUCUGUGCCAAUGGGCUGACGCAAAAUCCACUGCGACAGUCAGAAUGACAUAAAUAUAUUGUCCGUGCAUAUAGACCAGCAAGAAAUACAGUGCAGAGCAUAGUCCGUUCAGUAGCGUAGCACGACAAGAUGAUGCAGAUGGAUACUUAGAUCG